GCUGCGCGGAGCACGGCACGGCCCCGGGGAGCCCGGCGAGUGCCUGGCACGGACCAGCGUUAUCCCGGAAUAGGGCUGCACGCAUGUGCGUCACCCCGGAUGUGAACAGACCGGCCCGGCUCUACACGCUAGCUCGCUCCGCCCGGCUCCGGCGGAUGGGCUGAGCCGUGCCGAGCCGAGCCGUGCCGGCCGCCGCGCAGCCCGGUAGGGGUUGAGGGGAGCUUGGGCCGCCGGGAGCCCUCCAGGGCCAAGGUGCGAGAGUCCCCUCCCGGCGGGGGGCCUGGGCCCCCCGAGGGGGCCGGGGCAGGGGCAGGCGCCGGGGCAGGUGCGUGGCCCGGGCGGGAUCCCCGGCUCAGCCCGCCCCGUCGGGGCCGUCGCCGCGUCCCGUUCCCCGGCCCCCUUGCCGCUGGUACCCCCGGUCCCGUGGCGCAGCCCCGCGGCCGGGGCAAGGGAGCGAUGGAUUUUCGCGGUAAGAAGUACGAGCGCGGCAGUAACUGGUCGGACCCCGAGGUGGUGGAGCUGCUGCAGCUGUGGGCCGACGAGUCGGUGCAGAUGGAGCUGGAGAGCUGCCUGCGCAACCAGCACGUCUUCAACCGCAUCGCAGAGGUGCUGCGGGAGAAGGGCAUCCACCGCACGGGCGACCAGUGCCGGGAGAAGAUCAAGAAGAUGAAGCUGGAAUAUCGUCGGAUCAAGGAUAACAGCAAGGCCCCGCGGAGCGGCAGGACGUGGAAGUUCUACGAGGUGAUGGACCGGGUGCUGACCAGCCGGCCUGCCCUGGCUUACAGCUCGCUGAGCGGCACCAUGAUGGCUCAGCAAGUGCUGCAGGGCAGCAUGGUGGAGAGCUACCACCACCACCAGUUCACCUCCCCGGCCCUGCCCUUCGAACAUUCCCAGCACCCUGAACUGAUGGAGAUCAAAUGUGAGGAGGUGAACUCUGAUGAGCACUGCUUGACCCCAGAGGCCCCAGCAGCCAUGUCUUACCAGCAGGGCACCCCUGAAGAGCAUGAGAUGGAGAGAGCCUUCUUGGAGAGGGCCCAGAACAACUCUCCCAUCUCCAGGGUGGAGAUUCCCAUUGAAACCAAUGUUUCACCUUCAGGUUUCAGUGAGUCCAACAUGGCCACCUCAACCCGGAUCCAGAGCGUGGCUCCUCGGCCCAGCUUCUCCGCCUUGCAUCGGCUGAGGAAAAGGCGGAGAGGGCAGCGUGUGAGGGACCCGUUCGAUGACCUCCUGCUGAAGACACUGACAUCGCAGCGGGCCUUGGAAGAACGCUUUCUGCAGAUGGAAGAACGCCGCUUCCAGCGGGAUUUGGACGUGGAGGAGCGCCGGAUGCAGCUGGAGCAGCGCCGGUUUGAACUGGAGCGCGAGCAUGAGUUUCGCAUGUUCAAUGUCUUUGCACAGAUGCUCAGCAUCCUCAAGCAGAGCCAUAGUGGCUCCUCCUCCUCCGUUGCGAUGCCUCGGGGCUUGGACUUCAGCCAGGCACUGUCUGAUAUCACGGGAAUGGGAGGAGGAGGAGGAGACCUGCAGGAGAUGAGGGCUCGGUCGCUGUCCGAGAGGAGGGUUGACAUGCAUGGCUUCUGCAGCCCCACUGACUUCCAGAGAAGCCCCUACCUCUCUGCUCGUGGCAACAUUGCCAGCAUCUUCCGUGGCUCCACGGAGGAAGGGUACAAAGCUUAUCAUGCUGACAAGUAUGAUGAAGACAAGAACCCCAAUGGUAUAAUAAACUUUGGCACCAGUGAGAAUAAACUCUGCUUUGACCUGAUGUCUAAGCGGCUGACACAGAAUGACAUGAAUCUGAUGGAGCCUCCACUGCUUCAGUAUCCUGACUGGACAGGACAUAUGUUUUUACGGGAGGAAGUGGCUCGAUUUUUGACCUAUUACUGCAAGGCCCCUGCACCUCUUAAGGCAGAAAAUGUCAUCGUUUUAAAUGGUUGUGGCUCUUUAUUUUCUGCAUUAGCUACAGUCCUUUGUGAUCCAGGGGAAGCUGUUCUGAUUGCUACUCCCUUUUAUGGUGGUAUCACCCAGAGUGUCUUCCUCUAUGGUAAUGUCAAGCUGGUGUAUGCCUAUUUAGACAGUAAGAUUACUGGAACAAGCACUCGGCCUUUUCAGCUGACAGUGGAAAAACUGGAAAAGGCCUUACAGAAUGCCCGGGCAGAGGGUGUCACUGUAAGGGCCUUAAUUCUUCUGAAUCCCCAAAAUCCCCUUGGGGACAUCUACUCCUUGUCAGAGCUACGGGAUUACCUGGAAUUUGCUAAAAGACACGAAUUGCAUGUGAUAGUAGAUGAGAUCUACAUGCUGUCAGUUUUUGAUGACUCAGCCACGUUUCACAGUGUCCUGGGCAUGGACAGAUUGCCUGAUCCACAGCGGACUCAUGUGAUGUGGGGCAUAACCAAGGAUUUUGCUGUCUCUGGGAUUCGUUUUGGUACUUUAUACACAGAGAACCAAGAUGUUGCUAAUGCAGUGGCUUCUUUGUGUUAUUUCCACGGGGUUUGUGGACCUGUCCAGCACAAGGUUGCACAGCUGCUUAGAGACAGAGACUGGAUCAACCAGGUCUAUCUGAGGGCCAACCGUGCCCGCCUAAAGGCUGCCCAUACGUAUGUGACAGAUGAGCUGAAGACUCUUGGGGUUCCUUUCCUCAACCGCAAUGCAGGCUUCUUUGUCUGGAUUGAUUUCCGAAAGUACCUUAAGACAGGCACAUUUGAGGAGGAAAUGCUGCUCUGGAAGCGUUUUCUGGAUAACAAGGUCCUCCUGUCCUGUGGUAAAGCCUUUGAGUGCAGUGAGCCUGGAUGGUUCCGCAUCAUCUUUGCUGACAAGACCCACCGGCUGCAGUUAGGUAUGCAACGGAUCCGCAAGGUAUUGGAAGAGAGGGAGCAGGAGAUACUGGCCGAGGAGAAGGAGCAGCCUUGUCAGUCAGAACAGGAUGGCAAAGCAGAUAGCACAGAUGAAGUCAUAUUUGUGUCCCACCACCAGGAGCCUACCAGUGGCAGUAGCUCCAACCUUGGUGACCUUAUUGGCCUCCUCCAGCAACAGAUGCGUUCAUCUGACUGGUUACAGAAGAAUACAGCCGAGCAGUUUGCCCAGGAAAAGCCAGAGAUCUAUGAAGUGUUCAGCAAACUGGUGGGGAAGCAAUAGGGAUCAGUGCCUUCAGGACUUUCCUGAGCAGUGACUGACCCUGGGCCCCUAAAAACUCAACAGUGACUUCCAGCAAAUAAUAUAUUUUCUGUAUAGCAAGAAAAUCACUUUGUAAAACCCCUCCUCUCCCUCCCUGUUGGAGAUCUCUGAUUUGUAUUAUAUAGGUGCAUUCCUUGGAUUGGGGUGAGGGUAGGGAAUGGUGGGGGUCUUGUUCGCCUGCUGCCCCCUGACCUCCAGCAUCCUUGUAUUUUGUAUUUUAUUUCUAAUGAA